AUGAUCGUUGGUACGAUUGCCGAUAGAAAUCAAGAUAUAUAUAUAUCAAUUAAUUUUAUCAGAGGAUCAUUUUUAGUCGAUAAAAUGACCGUGGGAGUUUUACCUGAAAAAAUAACAACUAAUGAAUUAUUUGUACGUGUAUUUGGUAAUCAUGUUUUUGAAGUUCAAUUAGCUGAAAAACCUAAAACUUAUAUUAUGAAACAUUCAUAUUAUGGUAAUGGAAUAGUUCAAUAUGAAAUAACAUUUCAACGAUUAAACUAA